UGGACGGUGUUCGCUGCCAGCCGCCGAUUCCCUCAUGCACUUGACUAAAUCGCCUUCUGCCAAGCCCUCUCUGACAGUGGCGGUGGACUCGGCUCCGGAGGUGGCAGUUAAGGAACUGUAUUAAGGACUGAAGACUCAGGUGAACAAGCCAGACAUCCUUGCCAUCAUGAUCCAUACAUUCUAGUGGGAGAGACACAAUAAAAAAUGAGCAAAUGAAGUGGUUAUAGAUUGGACUCAGAAGAGAAACCAUGCAGUACUAUGGUAGAAAAUAAGAUAGGAAUAUGCCUUGAGAUAGGUUGGUCAGGGAAGGUCUCUCUCAAAAGAUUGGACCUGAAGAAAGACAAGAAGCCAGCUAUGUACAAGCUAAGACAAGAGCUUCCAGGCAAAGGGGAUGGCAAGCCUUGAGAUGGCAAAGAGCUUGGCAUGUAUGAAGAACAGAAGAAAGACCCAUGUGGUGGGAGUCUGGUGAAAACAUCCAUCAAUGUGGACCCAGUAGAGCCUGAUGGGGUGAUCAGAAGCUCAAGAUAUAGAAAGGGAAGGCAGUGUGCAAAAAUUCCUUUGUAUUUAAGAUGUUUCAAACCAAUAUAGAAGAUUUGGAGACUGGAGUUCACCUUGACCCUGCUGUCAAAGAAGUUCAGUAUAAUCCUACCUAUGAGACCAUGUUUGCUCCUGAGUUUGGACCAGAAAAUCCCUUUAGGACACAGCAGAUGGCUGCCCCUAGAAAUAUGCUUUCUGGAUAUGCUGAACCAGCUCAUAUCAAUGAUUUUAUGUUUGAACAGCAAAGGAGAACUUUUGCCACAUAUGGUUAUGCAUUGGAUCCUUCAUUAGACAGUCAUCAGGUGUCUACUAAAUAUAUUGGUUCUGUAGAAGAAGCAGAAAAAAAUCAAGGUUUAACUGUGUUUGAAACUGGUCAGAAGAAAACAGAAAAGAGGAAAAAAUUCAAAGAAAAUGAUGCAUCAAAUAUUGAUGGUUUCUUGGGACCAUGGGCAAAAUAUGUGGAUGAAAAAGAUGUAGCCAAACCUUCAGAAGAAGAACAGAAAGAAUUGGAUGAAAUCACAGCAAAGAGGCAGAAGAAAGGCAAACAGGAAGAUGAGAAACCAGGAGAGGAAAAGACAAUCUUACAUGUCAAAGAAAUGUAUGACUAUCAGGGCAGGUCCUAUCUUCACAUACCUCAAGAUGUUGGUGUUAAUCUCCGGUCAACUGUGCCACCUGAGAAGUGUUAUCUCCCAAAAAAACAAAUUCAUGUGUGGUCCGGGCACACAAAGGGCGUCAGUGCAGUCAGAUUGUUUCCUCUCUCUGGCCAUUUGUUGCUCUCUUGUUCCAUGGACUGUAAAAUUAAGUUAUGGGAGGUUUAUGAAGACCGGCGCUGUCUGCGAACAUUUAUUGGUCACAGUAAAGCUGUUAGGGACAUCUGCUUCAAUACUGCAGGGACACAGUUCCUCAGCGCCGCUUAUGAUAGGUAUCUUAAGCUCUGGGACACUGAGACAGGACAAUGUAUAUCAAGAUUUACAAACAGAAAAGUACCCUACUGUGUCAAAUUUAACCCUGAUGAAGAUAAGCAAAAUCUAUUUGUGGCCGGGAUGUCUGAUAAAAAAAUUGUACAGUGGGACAUUCGAAGUGGAGAAAUUGUGCAGGAGUAUGAUCGGCACUUGGGAGCUGUCAACACCAUUGUUUUUGUUGAUGAGAAUAGGAGAUUUGUAAGCACAUCUGAUGAUAAGAGCCUAAGAGUUUGGGAAUGGGAUAUCCCUGUGGAUUUCAAGUAUAUAGCAGAGCCCAGUAUGCACUCAAUGCCUGCCGUGACUUUGUCUCCAAAUGGGAAAUGGCUAGCAUGCCAAUCAAUGGACAAUCAAAUCUUAAUUUUUGGAGCACAGAACAGAUUUAGAUUAAAUAAGAAAAAAAUUUUUAAGGGCCAUAUGGUAGCAGGAUAUGCCUGUCAGGUGGACUUUUCACCAGACAUGAGCUAUGUGAUUUCAGGAGAUGGAAAUGGAAAAUUAAACAUUUGGGACUGGAAGACUACAAAACUCUACAGUCGGUUUAAAGCUCAUGAUAAAGUGUGUAUAGGUGCAGUGUGGCAUCCUCAUGAAACAUCUAAGGUCAUAACCUGUGGUUGGGAUGGUCUCAUUAAAUUGUGGGAUUAAGAGGAUUCUCCCUUAAACUAGGAUCCUUUUUGAUCCAGUGUCAUAUUUAACCUUAUUUAAUUAUUAAAUGUUUUGGGUGAUGACUUGGUUUACAGAUGAUGCUUCCCUUACGUGGCCUUAUGAAGUUGGCCCGUUGUUCUAAAAAAAAAAAAAAAAAAGCUUUGUAAAUUUAACUUAAAUAAUUUCAUUGGCAUCUUGUUUAUACAGGGAAUGAUCAUUGCCUUUAUUUGACAACAAGUAGUUAUCGUUGGUGGGAAGUUUGUGUUUACCUCCAUACUGAAAGGAUCCAUUUAGGGUGAUCCCUACUGGAUUUGAGGCUCUAGAGGAGGUAAUGUAAUUAAUGAACAACAGUUUGGAAAGGUACCAUACUCUUACCUCUUCAACAAAAAGGGCAGUAAAGAACAGUGAUGAUACAGUUUAAUAUAAAUCUGAAAGCAAGACGCAACCACCCAAAAUUUCUGUUCCUGUUAUUUUUCAGUGGGUCAAGUUCUAAUCUUUUGGCUUUGUGAGUUCCACUAUUUUUGAUGACAUAUGUUGUAUAUUUUUAGUUGCAUAUCAGCAAUCUUCUUUAAAGCAUUCCUCUAAUUAUUAAACAAUGUAAAAUAAAAAUCAGUCCAAAGAGUUUUUUCUUUGACUUUCUUCCUGAUCAGGACUAUAUAUAUAUUCCUGAGUAUACAGUUUUUCAGAAGAUGGAACUCAAGAGAAUGAGCCAAGACUUUGAAUUUUAUUUUGUUCACUGUCAGUAAGGACCUGGCUGCACUUUCAGAAAUCAGGAGCUCCUAGGUCAUUGCUUCAUGGAUGUUACUACUGAAAUACUCCUUAUAGGAGAUAGGGUAUGAGGGCAUAGUCCAAGAUGUCAGCUUGUAAUUUCUUUGAAGUCAUAUGUUUUAUCUUUAGUAUUAUUUUGGAUUUUGUUUUUUGUGAGUAUAUACAACAGAACUUUUUAAGAUUAGAAAAAUUUUAAACUUCUUUCCAAAUCUUUGAAUAAAAUUGAUACUCCAGGAAGAUAAUAGGGUUCCCCAGAUUGAGAAGCAAUGACCAUGGUAAAAAUAGUUUUAAAACUUCAGAUUACUAAUUCAAGAGAGCCUCUUGAAUAUAGUAACUAAUAGCACUUUACUUUGACAAGUUAUUUCUCCUGUUUUAUUACAAAUCUGUAUUAGAUGUUUGAAUGUGGUUUAAAAUACUUUAGUACCAUGCUGAAACAGAUUGGUAGAUAGCUGCUUGAGGUGUUGGCUUGGAGACCAGAAUCAUGUCGAGUGCUGUUGAUAUCCUAAGAGCAUUAAACACUGAGUCCUGUGCCAUCUAUAGCAGUGCAUGUUCCUUGCCCUUAAAGAAUUCCCAUUUUAUAAAAUCAAAAUUAAAACAAAAAAAAAAAACCC